CAUGAAGAUCACAUGUGCUUUCCUCCUUGUGGGAUUCCUUUGUACACAGUUGCCAUCUGCUUCUAGCAUGCCUCCAAAAGACAAAGUUGGGACUUGCCCCUCACCUUUAAGUCGUUGCCUUAAACCAGGAAAACAUGAGUGCAAUAUUGACUAUGACUGCGAUGGAAUCUUAAAGUGCUGUUAUCGGUAUUGUUCCAAAAUUUGCCAAUACCCAAUAGCCAAACCUGGACGUUGCCCAUAUGUUAAAAUAAGAUGUAUGAUGGCUAAUCCUCCUAAUAAAUGUGAUCAUGAUGUCCAAUGUGAAGGAAGGGAAAAAUGCUGUGAAGGGACAUGUGGAAGAACAUGCAUCCCACCAGUGCCUCUAACUGUUGAAUGA